AUGGACUGGUUCUCUUGGCUAUCCAAGACCAACCUAGACCCUUUUCUACUCUAUGAAUAUAGCCUCACUUUUACACGCAAUGAGCUUCAAUUACAAGAUUCAAUCCACUUCACCCAUGAGUUUCUUCAAAGCAUGGGAAUUUCAGUUGCCAAACAUAGGCUAGAAAUUCUCAAGCUUGUCAACAACCAAAAUGACAAAGUGCCAAAAAACACCAACAAGUUUUCUUUGGUUAUCAAAAAGUGUAUAAAGAAGUGUCUUAGCAAGCUCAUUUUCCAUCAAGAAAAAGAAAAAAACAUGAACAUGUUUUCAUUGCAACAAGAGCAAAGUUGGAACCAAGGGAAAUGGAGAAGAGCAUUGGUAAGUGAGGAACUCAAAGGAGAAAAGGGUAUGCAUAGAAAUAGGAGAGUAGCAUUUUCAGGGCCUUUAGAUGGAAGAAUGUAUAAUGAGAAAAUGGUAAUUACCAACAAAAAUAUGUUGAAAUUUUCUGGUCCUCUUGAUGGAAAAGUGAGUGAAAGAAAAAUGGUUUACACAAAUAGAAGUCCAGUGAGAAAUAGGCCUAUUGAAGGAAGGAGUCCAAGAUUUUCUGGACCAAUAAGCCCAAUUGAUUUUCAUUGUCUCUACAACAAGACAAUAGAUGAUUAUGAUUUUGAGGAUUCUGAAAUGUGGCGUGCAUUGUUUGAAGAUCUUAAACCAACUUGA